CAUGUUGAUGGAUGUUUGCUUCCAAAAUGCAAACAUUGAUAACAAAUUUUGUUCUCGGAAUAAUCAAAUUAUUCGCGGAGUAACGGAAAUUUGCGGGAGUUUUAUUCAAUAAGUAUAAAAUUGUCGUUUAUUAUAACAUAUACCAUGGAUAAAGAUUCGUCGAGGAUAUUAGCCAUGAACAAGACGUUGGAAGAGGUUCGAGCGCUAAAUGCAAAAAACGACAAACUACUCAAAGACUUCGGCAUCGACCUUACCAACCUAAGCGACGCAGCACAAGAAACACUGGAAGACUAUGCCAAAAUUAAAUAUCUCACCGGUCUAACGGAAAUGGAUCAAUCCUUCGUCGAAGCUUACUGUUACCAAGAGCAAGCCAAACGCCUCGAAGCACGCCUGCAAUCGCUCCCACUGAAGGCCGACAUCAAGAAACUGAAGGCGGCCAUUCAACGAGAACAGAACGACCUCACCAAACUGGAGCGAUUUGUGGAGGAAACACAAGCCCAACUGGUUCCCACCGACGAGAUGGAGAAGAUGCGCGUCACCCGCGAGGCGCAAAUCGAGAUGCUGCGACGUAAGCAGAGGCCCCUCAUGGAAAAAGCGGACGCCAUAAAUCUCGACGAGCUGAUUGCCAAGGUCGAUGCACUUGAGGCCGAGGAGAAUAAUUAAAUGCGUUUUUUUUAUCGAUACUGAUGCUGUGUUUAUACAUCAACCGGGCUGUGAUUCCCCGCGAGGGACGCGCGCGGUUCAAAUAUUUAUAUCACUUCCUUUCUGGUGGCGCGUGCAAUAUAGGUAAUGAAGAAAAAUAAACUAUUUUUUUGUCACUUCGAAUUCCUGUCUCACAAGCAGGUUUCGUGUGAUUCCUAUCUAUGCUUGGCAAUAGCAAUAUUCCUUUCACUUUAUCAUCGUCAAGUUGAAUUUAUUGUAACUUGUUUACGCGAGAAUUUGCAACCGUUUUACAUACUUCUAAGAUUGUUCAUGGUUGGUCUAUAUCUGUCUACAUAUAUCAGGCUGUCUAAUGCCUGAAAAACUUUGUAUUAUCUGGGAAUUUGAUUUCACUUGGAAUACUCAGGGAAUUCUGAAGUCAAUCAGGGAAUUCUUAUUGGUAAGGAAUUUUGCAGAAAAAAUAUGUUCGAGAUCACUAUGUUCAUGAUUGUUAGGAUUUUUUCUAGUUCUUCGUAACAUUCAACAAUAACAAUUGUUGAGCAACUAAAAGAUAAAUUAGAGAAAAAAUUAAAAAUAAAUGUUAAUAGUAACGUUAGUGAAAUAUACUAACCCAAAUAUAUACAUGCAUUUGGGUUCCCCAACAUUGAUACAAAUCAAAAUCUUGACGUAGCCGUGUUGGGGUGCUCUGAAACUUUUCAACAGCUAUAAAGACCUUACAUGCCAUUAAUGACUUCAUUAGCAUAGACACCACUUUGCCUUUCUCUA